AUGAAUUUAAGUGAAGUAGAAACAUUAAAUUCAAUUACUAACUCAAGUGAAGUUGGGGAUAUUUGGGAGUAUCUCAUCAACAUUCGUGGUCUUCGAAGAACAGAACUGGAACUUCUCAUUCCUAUCAGUAUUAUAUAUACAAUCAUAUUCACCCUCGGCUUCUUUGGAAAUGUUAUCCUUCUCUGGGUUAUUUUGGUCAAUAGAUCUUUUCAUACACCCAUCAAUUACCACCUUGUCAAUCUCAGCAUUUCUGAUCUGCUCAUCCUUGUGCUCGGACUACCCCAUGAUCUGUACAUGAUGUGGAAUCGAUAUCCAUAUCCAUUUGAGGAAGGAAUUUGCCAGUUAAGAGCUUUCUUAGCUGAAGCCAGUAUGAUAUCCUCUGUCCUCACAAUCACUGUUCUCACAAUUGAACGGUAUGUGGCUAUUGUUCAUCCACUCUCUGGAGUAAUAGCUGGGACAAAACGAAGGAACGGUUCUGAUGGAACAGUCAGAAAGAAAAAUGGAGAUAUUUUCAAAUGCUGCAGGGAAUGGGGGAGAUUUAAGAAGGUUCGAAUCACUGUGAUUGUUGUGUGGAUACUAUCACCACUUUUUAGUCUGCCCAUAACUAUGCAAGUCGCUCUAAACUACAUCUACAGAAAUGACUCGACGACAAAUUAUGAGAAGGUGCUUAUCGCAGAGUCAUCUAUUUGCACUGUUUCCAAUGAAUCAGACAAGUGGUAUUCCUAUCCUGUUUUGGCUAGUUUCAUACUCUUCUUCUUACUCCCUCUCAUUGUAAUCAUCAUCCUCUACAUCCUCAUACUUCGAGGGGUUCGCAGAUCUGUGAAAUUCACACAGCCACUUCAUCUAAUUGAUAGCCGAAAGCGACUUCUGUCCCCAACAGAUAAUGACCACUCGUUGGAAAAAUCACGAAAACACUCACUUUCGGUAAUCAGGAGAGGUCGAAGUAUUAGCAUUCAGAUUGGACAAGAUAAGAGUGCUGCAAGACAACAUCAAGAACUCUGUCAAAUACAGCAAGCCCAACAUCAGGCCCGCUUGAGGACCAAUAAGGCGCUUAUUCGAAUACUGGGUAUGCUUUCACUUUGUUCAAAUUGUUAA